AUGGUGGUGCUUCCCCUAAUGCAGUGGCCUGUCAGAGGGAAAAUUUACGCUUUCCAGCACGUGAAGGACCUUUUCCCGACCAUCCGCUACCUUCUGUGGCACUUGUCGAUGAUCCGCAGUUAUUGGAGUGGCUUGAGUUAUGAAGUGGUUUUCUCAAACUUGUGUUUAGGGGAGUGCAUGCGGAAAAUUCGACGGGGUUUUAUCGUCGAGCACAUCGUCUCUCAUCCGAUCUUCGUGAUUUUCCGCGCCGACCACGUCGAAAAAGUUCUCAGCAACAGCAAGAACAUCAAGAAAGGUCCCUUGUACGAUAUGAUCGUUCCGUGGUUGGGUCGCGGCUUGCUGACAUCAGACGGCACGAAGUGGAAGUCUCGGAGGAGACUCCUAACCUCAUCAUUCCAUUUCAAAGUUCUGCGGACGUUCUCGGUCUCGAUCAAUGAGCAAGCUGCGCUUUUCGUCGAGCGUAUCUCCAAGAAAAUGCAAAAUGAAGAUAUCGCGCCGUACAUCGAAGCUUUCACGCUGGAUGUGGUAUGCGAAACGAUAAUGGGCGUUUCCAUGAACUGCCAAACAUCUGACAACGGUCAACAGUAUCUUGCCACUGUUAAAUUCGUUGGGAAACAGUUGGUGAAGAGAUUCACAGACUUCCCGUGCUGGUGUGAAUUCAUUUUCCGGAGAACCGAGAGCGGGAAACAAUUCUUCAAAGCUGUGAAGACGCUGCACGAGUUUUCCACGGGAAUAAUCAAGGAUCGGAAGGAAGAGCUCUUGAGGGACCCCGAAAAACUCGAUGUCAUCGCUGAGUGCGAGGAAAGCAUGCUCAACUCUAAGAAACCGCUUCUCGAUAUUUUGCUCGUGGAGCAUCUGAAACAUGGCUCUAUUAGCACCGAUGACAUCAGAGAAGAGGUCGACACGUUCAUGUUUGAAGGUCACGACACAACAUCGACAGCGAUUUUGUGGGCGCUGCAUUUCAUCGGCUACUAUCCGGAGGUGCAGGAGGAACUCAAGAAGGAGAUCGAUCGCUUCGGCGGUGAGGACGGUACGGAAGUCUCAGAUGAACAAUUGAAGAAGCUUACGUAUCUGGAUAUGGUACUGAAGGAGAGUCAACGUCUCUGUCCAUCGGUACCUCUCUUCAGUCGACGGAUCACCGAAGAAAUCCACAUCGAGGAUAAACCCGUGCCCGUAGGGUCUGAAAUUAUUAUUUACACUUCAGUCCUUCAUAGGAAUCCAGAUGUUUUCCCCAAACCCGAGGAGUUCGACCCAGACAGAUUCUCUACCAAGAACAGCCGUGAUAGAAAUCCAUACGCGUAUCUCCCGUUCUCGGCGGGACCGCGAAACUGCAUCGGACAGAAGUUUGCGUUGCUUGAGGAGAAAAUCCUCCUGGUCUGGAUCUUGAGAAGAUAUUCUCUCAAAUCGCUAGAUCACAGAGACGAAAUCCCUGUACCCCUGGAGAUGGUUCUCCGGCCAGAUUCGCCGGUACGUGUGAUUUUCUCGGCUAGAAAAGAGAAGUUCUCGAGCGCCGCCUAG